UUUAUGUUUUUUUUCCUUUUUGGCAAUACGUCAGAAUAAUGAACAAUAUUGACGUUAGGAAACUGUAAUAGUAGCAAGUGUUUUUAAAUGUCAAAAUGGCAUAAGGAAUGGGUUUUAGUUUUUUAAUUCUUAUUUUCUUUAGUAGAUAAAAAGCAUUUGUUAGAAUGGUGCGUAUGUAGAUGAUGAUGAAAGCAUUUUUAUUUAUUUUCGGUGUAAACAGUGAAUUAAAAAUACAGUCAUAGUACAUAGGAAAUAAAAUAUUUUUUACAUAUUUAGCUUUGCAUGGGAACUUGAUGGUAGUUCGAAGUUUCCAUUGACAGGUCAGUCAAGUCUGAGUAUGCCAUGAUACCUAAAAGUCAAAAAAUGGAAGCAUUCUUCUAAAAACUAUAAAAUAUUUUUUAAUCUGCAGGUUGAGAGAUGGAGCCUCCAACUCUUAAUCUUCCCGAUGAAGUAACAUUCAUGAUGCAGGCUGGUUUAACCAGAGAUUCUAUAACUGUAGAUGUAGGUGACUUGAAUUUGAAGAGUCUCAAAGAUCUUGCUUGUAAUUUUGUUGAUAAGAAGUUUCCUGAACAUAAUUUAAAUAGACUAAGUGAAAGAUUAAUCCUGUUCCGUCAUGACUAUUCAUCUACAAACAUUCUACAUCCUAUAAAUGCAGCAUCUGAAGUGUCAGAAGGAACAUUAGUAGAAAUAGUAGUAUCAGGUAAAGAUCCAUCUGAAGAUAUCCAGAUCAUGCCACAUUCAUUAAUGGUCCAUUCAUACAAAUCUCCUACAUUCUGUGAUUUUUGUGGUGAAAUGCUAUUUGGUCUUGUUAGACAAGGGCUCAAAUGUGAAGGGUGUGGACUAAAUUUUCAUAAACGCUGUGCCUAUAAGAUACCGAAUAACUGUACACACACUCGGCGGCGUCGAUCUGCUACAUCCCUUUAUCCUCGAAGUCCAACAGAAGCAUUAGGACAUACUGCUAGUAAUGCUGCUGUUUAUCCUGAUGAGUCAUUGUUUGGUGGAUCAUCUCCAAGUCGUGCCAGAUCACCGUCCUUAAAUAUGGGACGACCAGUUUGGGUAGAAAGAGAACUUGCAGGCCGCAUAAGAGUUCCCCAUACAUUUGUUGUCCAUUCUUAUACUAGGCCUACAGUUUGUCAACACUGUAAGAAAUUACUUAAAGGACUUAUUAGGCAAGGUUUGCAAUGUAAAGACUGCAAAUUUAAUGUUCAUAAAAAGUGUAUGGAUAAAGUUCCAAUGGAUUGUGCAGGUGAAGCACCUAAGGAAUGGGCUACUGAUGCCAGUCGAAAUGGAGAAUGUGAAAAUGAAGGGGAGCGAGAAAGCAUAGAAGAUGAAUCUGAUAAUGAAAGUGAGCAAACGGAGAAAACAACUGAAACUACUGAAAAUCAAGAUAGUCAAGAUGAUGAUUCUAAGAUGCCAGCAAAUGUUACAUCUAGUAAUAAUAUUCCAUUAAUGAGGAUAGUUCAAAGUAUAAAACAGAUGAGGAGAAAAGGUUCCAAAAUAUUGAAAGAAGGAUGGGUGGUACAUUUUACAAGCAAGGAUAAUAUGAAUUGGAAAUUCCGAGGUUAUUCAUCAGAGUUUUGCGUAGUCAAGAAAAAACGUCAUUACUGGAGAUUAGAUACAAAGUCAAUAAUUUUAUUCCAAAAUGAAACAACAACUAAAUAUUACAAGGAAAUACCUUUAUCUGAAAUCCUUUCUGUUGAAGCUACCAAACCACAAGUGAGUUCACAAUCUGGACAGAGUUAUUGCUUUGAAUUAAGGACUGCUAACGUGGAUUAUUAUAUUGGUGAAGAUCCUGAUAUAUCAAGAGGUUGGGAAGUAGCAAUUCGUCAGGCUUUGAUGCCUGUUACUGCAACCACAACUAUAUCUCUCAUCAAAGAUGUGGGAGCACCUCACCAUGAUGAUAAUGGCAAGACAGAAAAUGUUGACCAGAAUAUUGAUAUAAGUUUACAGUAUCAAAUUUUUCCAGAAGAAGUUUUAGGCUCAGGACAGUUUGGGGUAGUUUAUGGAGGUGUUCAUCGGACUAGUGGUCGAGCAGUAGCAAUCAAGGUUAUAGAAAAAGUACGCUUUCCAACAAAGCAAGAGGCUCAAUUAAAAAACGAAGUCUCCAUAUUGCAAAAUAUUCAUCAUCCUGGUGUUGUAAAUUUAGAAAAAAUGUUUGAAACACCUGAGAGGAUUUUUGUUGUGAUGGAGAAAUUAAAAGGUGAUAUGCUGGAAAUGAUUUUAUCUAGCGAGAAAAGGAGAUUAUCUGAGAGAAUUACAAAGUUUCUAGUGUUUCAAAUAUUAUCAGCAUUACGUCAUCUUCAUUUUAAGAACAUAGUUCAUUGUGAUCUGAAACCUGAAAAUGUGCUUUUAUCAUCAGAUUCGGAUUUCCCUCAGGUAAAAUUAUGUGAUUUUGGAUUUGCUCGGAUAAUUGGUGAAAAGUCUUUCAGAAGAUCAGUUGUUGGAACGCCUGCUUACCUUGCUCCUGAAGUUCUUAGAAACAAAGGCUAUAAUCGUUCAUUAGAUAUGUGGUCUGUAGGAGUUAUAAUUUACGUUAGUUUAAGUGGAACAUUUCCAUUUAAUGAAGAUGAAGACAUUAAUGAUCAAAUUCAGAAUGCUGCAUUUAUGUACCCUCCUUGUCCAUGGAAAGAUAUAUCGUCUGAUGCAAUAGAUUUAAUCAAUAAUCUGCUUCAAGUAAAGACCAGAAAGAGGUUUACUGUAGAUAAAUCACUCUCUCAUGCAUGGUUGCAAGAUUAUCAAACUUGGUGUGAUCUCCGAGAGCUAGAAGCUCAGGUUGGUUGGCGUUACUUGACACAUGAGUCAGAUGAUGCUCGUUGGGAAGCGUACCGCCGUGAGCAUAACCUCCCACCCCCACCUCCAGUUCCCCAAGAGAGAAUGACUGAUCGCAUUCCUCGUGUUCCCUCAAAACUUAUGCCAUGUCCAGAAGCUAAAAAAGAAGAAGAAGCUAAUAAUAAUGUUUUUGGAAGGAUUCGCUUGUGAAUAAUGUUAAAAAUAUAGCUGAUUUGAAAAAAAUAUUAUGCCUUUCUAUGUUGUGAUCUAUCAUCUCAGCAUUUGAAAUGUGCUCAAAAGUAUUCCCAGUGAUGUAUUUUGACACUGUAUUAUGUUUGAUGGAUUUUAGAUAAAACUUUGUAAAUAUAGUAUAUGUUAAGGCAACUGGUUUGCCAAACAUUGGUGCAUGUUUUAUAAAUGAUUUGUGCAUUGUUUGUCAGUGUUUUUGUAUUAAAUAGUCAUAUGCUUUAACAUUCCAAUUUACAAUACAGUUUGUAUUUUGAAACAAUGCCAUUGUUCAGUAUUCAUUUGAUAUUGUACAUAAAUCUGUUGUGCUAGAUAAAUGAGAUUUUUCAAAAUUCCAUUUUGAUGUGUACAAGAACAUCGAAUAAAACAAAAAUAUUUCUUUCAUCAAACAUACUUUAUUCUGAUACCAUCUGUGCUGUUAUAUUUGAUUAACAUUCUUUGGUGAUAUCUGUUUAAAUAUGAGUAUGUAUAAUAAACAUUCGUUCUUUAAUGAGUACUUAUGUAAAGUUAAAAGCUCAAUGAUAUAUAUAUUUUUUUAAAUUGUGAUAAAUCUCUGGAAAUUAUUUUAUUUAUUUAUUCAUUGUUGAAGAAAUGCAAUUAUUAUUAUUUUUUUCAGUCUACCAAAAUUUUCAAAUUGUAUUUGUAAAAAAGCCUAAAGACUUUUUAUGAAAGUUGGUUUUUUUUUUUUUUUUUUUUUUAAAUUCAUGAAAGAACAAAGUACAUUUUUGCAGUAUUUUUUAAAAUGUGAUGCUGCAGUUGUAUUUCAAGGUGUUCAGAUUUAAUGUUCUCUUUUAUUCAUAUUUAGCAUAAUUUCUCUUUAGUGCCAAAUACUUAUUUGGCUCUUACAUGUAAACUAUUUGGAAUUUCAUAGAUGGUUUUUGAAAAUUUUAACUUUGUUUUUAAUGUAGUGUAUACUUAGGAGUAGUUGAAAUAAUAAUAAUUUCUGUUUGAAUUUUUAGAAAAGUUGUAGCUUAUACCUAGUAGUAUGUGAUUUUAUUUAUAAAUGCAACAUUGAAUAUUAAAAGAUGAAUUUUAUAAAAUCAUAUUUAAUUUAUGUAUACAAAACAAUGUUUUUUUCAUUAUUUGUUAGUGUUAAUUGUAAAUACGUGUUAUUUUUAUUCAUCUUAAAAUUAUUACCUUCUUAUUUACUUCUACAUAGUUUUAAUUUUAAUUACUAGUGUAAAGCAAUAAAAAUAAAAACCCAGGAAAAAAUCUUCACUCUUUCAUGAAAAUUAUAGUUAAAAAAAAAAAAUUAGCUUCAUUUGAAAUUUCUCAUUUGUUAUACAUUUUCUACUGAAUGCAGAAACUAACUAUUUUAAUAUUUGAAACAAGUGAUAGAAAAUUAACAAAACAUAUGUUGAAGUACAGCUAUUCAAUUUUUUAAAAAUUUCUUAUGUGAAAUGUUGCUACACAUAAGAAAUGUUGAAACAUGCAAGUUUAAAUUCUUUGAAAUGAAUACCUCAUUAGUUUUUUGUUCCUAUACUUUUAUUUGAUUUACUUGUGUUUUAGAAUGUUAUGAUUUGUUUUCUUUUUAUUUAUGGAGAUAAUUAUAUAUUUAUGUUUCAUGUUGUGAUACACAGGAUUUAUUUUUUAAAUUAAUAUUUUACUUAUCAAAGUGCAUUUUGAUGUUUACUCUUGUGGAUUUAUGGUUUGUCAGACUUUUAUUCAAUUACAUAAAUUGAUUUAUUACUUGCAUUUGUUCUUGAAUUAUUUA